CUGCAGAGUCUGUGAAAUCAGUAACUAAAUGAACAUUUGGUGUCUCCCCAGCAACACCUCGGCGAUGAUUCGUUCUCCAAUGAUUCCAUUGGCCAUGCCUCGGAAGCUCCGUUUCAACAUCACGCCUGAUAUAAAGAGAGACAUUGAGAAAGCGAAACAGAACCUCAACAUGAUGGUGCGUGAUGUGGAUAUAAAAUGCUUCGUGUUCCAGCACUUUGGAAAAGACUUUGUGAAGUCGCAGAAGAUGAGCCCAGAUGCCUUUAUCCAGGUGGUCCUGCAGCUAGCUUAUUACAGGAUUUACACGGAGCUGUGUGCAACCUAUGAAAGUGCUUCCCUGCGGAUGUUUCACCUUGGGCGCACUGACACUAUCCGCUCGGCAACUGUUGAAUCGUCCAUCUUUGUCAGGGCCAUGGAUAAUUCACAGGUCCAGAACCAGGAAAAGGUGACAUUGCUGAAGAAAGCUGUUCAGGUGCACAGAGCCUACACUGAUGUGGCAAUAAGAGGCCAAGCCAUCGAUAGACACCUGUUGGGUCUUAAACUUCAGGCUAUUGAGGAUCUGGUUCGAAUCCCAGAGAUCUUCAUGGAUACAUCCUAUGCUGUUGCCUUUCACUUCAAUCUAUCGACCAGUCAGGUACCUGCUAAAACAGACUGUCUCAUGUGCUUUGGGCCUGUUGUGCCAGACGGCUAUGGUGUGUGUUACAACCCCAUGAAAGACCAUGUCAACUUUGCAGUGUCUGCUUUCAACAGCUGUGCAGAGACCAAUGCAGCAAAACUGGCUCAUUACCUGGAACAGGCCUUGGUUGAUGUUAAGGAGCUGCUUGUACAGACACCCAACUCAAAGCUCUGAAACAGCCAGGUAAUGAGCACAAGAGACUGGAGUCAACAACAACCAAAGAAUUGUCACACUCAAUUGACUAAUCCCAGCAACUGUGUGCGAGAGAGGAAAUGUUUACCAAAUGUCAGUGUGAACAUCUUGUCAGGAGGUUAGAGUUUAUAUAUUUGAAACAAAAUAAUAUAUUUUAUAAGCACUUAUCAAAAAUUAUACAUGUUGGAAAAAGUGUUUGUUCAAAUGGUGAAUGAUUCAGUCAUAUGGAGGGGACUUGCUUCCUCUCCCAAAGAAUAUACCAGGUGACUAGAGUGCCUGGUCUUUAUCCAGAGGAGUGCUGGCAUCUACCAUAAAUAGGAAUCAAACCCAGUCCACUCUCAUGCACAUACGUUCAGCACCAGAAGUUACUGGAUAGUGAUCAUCAAAGUUUGACUGAUUUUUUUUUUUUAAUUAAUCUCUCACAGACUUAUCCUUCCCAGCCUUUGGAGUUGGUUACCAUACUGUGUACCAUACUGUUACCCACUCAUUACCUUUUCACAAGGUGCAGACAUCUGCACCAACUGCCCAAGAGAACUGCAUUUUUUAAAAUUUUAUAAUGUAGACAGGAGAACAAAUUAUUCAAUAUUCUGUAAUAUCUCUUUAGAACCUGUAUUCAGGGAGGCCUUAUGUCACAACGUCAACAGAGAAAUGCAGAGAAAUGCCAGAAGGAUUUCCACUUAGCUAUAAGUUAUUUUUACCAGACAAUCUAAAGGUUCAGAUCUGAAUGUUAUAAAUGUUGCCAGUAAAUUGUUAGUCAUCAUUGAUUCCAUUUAAGAUAUUGGAAUUCAAUCCCUCCCAUUCAGUCAGCUGGGUUGCUCAGCAUUGAGCAAGGUUUUUAUUUUGUACACAAUUUUCCCCACACUUCCACCUCUGUUGACCAAGGAACAGCCGGCCAAGAAUCAAAAGUAAAUCUGUAAGUAGCACUCAGCUGUAUGAAACUAGGCAGGAUGUGAACACUUGUAUUCUGCAAACAGAGAGCUGUGAACCAUUACAGGGGGAAGUACGCAGUCAAACAGGAAUUACUCAUGUCCCUUAGAAGUGAGGUGUGAAAUUAUUAUGGUUAUGUCAUCUGUUCCAUGGCUUCCCCUAGAGGUUGCUGGAAAUCCUGAAAAUGAAAUAUUUGCAGAACUGUGGGAAGAGUGGUUGAUCAUCUUCCACACGCUAGCCUGACCUAAAGCUAUACUGUUCCUGGGUUAAAAUCCUGGAACUCCCUCCCUAACAGCACUGUCUGCCAGUACCCCAUGGAGGGUGGCAUCUCACCACCUUCUCUAGGGCAAUUAGAGACAGACAAAUAAACACCUAUCCAGCCUGUGUCACCCAAAUCAUGUAAAUGAAUUUUUAAAACAGCACUGAAUGAGUCCUGUGGAUGUUACAUAAUUCUAUUUUGCUCCUGAUGGGAUAAGCCUACAAUAUUACCACCUCAACAAAGUUUAAAAACAAUUCUGGUAUAUGCAAUGUUUGUUUUUGUUGAAAUAAGGUGGGCUUCCAGAUGAGGACUAAUAAGCACACUGAAGCAAACAAUAUAAAUUGUUGACUGUUCCGAAUCAUUAACAUGAAGUUGUGCUGGAAUGUGUGCAUGUGGGACAGAAAAUUGCACAAAGAUACGAGUUUGAGGUGGGGCUUGGGCAGUGUAGAGGAACCAUACUCUUUACCUAACAAAAGAAUUCAUACAAAUUGUGGAACCUUACUUCUGGCAUUUGCUAAAGGCAUGGUCUAUGGCCUGUGCUGUUAGAUGAUUUUAACAUCUAUGGGAUAACGGUCUUAAAGUUUCUUCAGCUACGUUUACAGAAGUGUCUGUUUACUCAUUCCCACGAUAACAGCAGCAUUAGCCCACUUUUUCUGGAGUUGUGUGAAAUGAUACCUUGCACCACACACCCCAGUGAAUGACUGAAAUCAGAAUUCCUGUUGUGCAAAGGUCUCAAAGGAACUUUAAUUUUUAUGACAAAUCAUUUUAGACUGGAGAGCGGAAUUAUUUCAUGACUCAUGCCUGGGAUUGAUCAUUUUAGCUGGUCCAUUUAUAAUCCAGUGUUUUAAUUUGCCAGCUCUCUAGUUUGGAUAAUUGUAAAUGUAAACAGCCAUGGUCUUGACUUUAAUGUAAAUAUUUCCCCUCUAUAAUUAUUUUACUGUGAUAUAAUCUUUGAAUAUGACUGUAAUAAAAAUUUUACAUAUAAA